UGGUUCGAUUGAGGAAACCGUGGAUGGGUUCAAAGUAAAGGUCGGGAGAAGGAAGACCUGCGAUUCCGUCGACGCGGAGCCCUAAGUCAGACGGAAUGGCGGCUUCCCAGAUGCCGAUGGCCACCUCCCUCCUCAUCCUCCUGCUGGUGAUGCUGGGCGGCGCCGCCUCUUCCCCGUCGGGCGAGGAUCUGGUUGCGGAGUUGGAGACCCUCCGAUCGCAAUCGCCCUCCGGCGUGAUCCACCUCGACGACCGCUUGGUUUCGCGCUUCCUAACCUCCGCCGCCGCCCCCCGCCCUUACUCCCUUCUCAUCUUCUUCGAUGCCGCCCAGCUCCGCUCUAAGCCCGAACUCCACCUCCCCCACCUCCACUCCGAGUUCGCCCUCCUCUCCACCUCCUUCGCCGCCCAUCACCGCAAAGACGACGCCUCUUCCUCCUCCUCCAGUACCCACCGCCUCUUCUUCUGCGACGUCGAGUUUGGGGAGUCGCAGCACUCCUUCGCCCUCUUCGGAGUCUCCAGCCUCCCCCACGCCCGCCUCGUCCCCGCCUCUGCCCGCUCCCUCCGCGAUGAUUCCAUCCCCAUGGACCAGUCCGACUUCUCCCGCGGCGCAGAGUCCAUGGCCGACUUCGUCGAGGCGAAAGCCAAGAUCCCCCUCGGCGGACCCAUCCUCCGCCCGCCCCCCAUCUCCCCCCGCCAGGCUCUCUUCCUCCUCGCCGCCCUCCUCAUAUCUGCUCCCUUCCUUAUCCGCCGCGUCCUCGCUGGCGACACCCUCAUCCACGACCGCCGCCUGUGGAUGGCCCUUGCCCUCUUCGUCUACUUCUUCGGCGUCUCCGGCACGAUGCACAACAUCAUUCGCAACAUGCCCAUGUUCUUGCCGGACCGCAGCAACCCCGACCGGCUUAUCUUCUUCUUCCAGGGAUCUGGGAUGCAGCUUGGCGCCGAAGGCUUUGCGGUCGGGUUCUUAUACAUGGUUGUAGGGCUGGUGCUAGCUUUUGCAACACACGCGCUGGCCGGAUGGAAGAGCGUAUCCGCACAGAGGGGGUUCAUGCUCGUUGGCAUGCUGGUGGCGUACUGGGCUGUGAGCAAGGUGAUCUAUUUGGAUAACUGGAAGACUGGCUACAGCAUCCACGCCUUUUGGCCAAAUAGUUGGAGAUGAUCGGAGAUCAAAAAAUUAGUCGACAGAAAUAUGGCGCCUCACAAUCCGACAGUUCCUACAUUGUAAUAAGAGGAACUUGAUCGCCUAUUGUUGGGGUCAUUAUCAUAGAAUUAGUGUUGAAAUGUGACAGAGUACGUUAUUUGUGCAAGCAUACAGCAUCGAACUUGUUUUGACUGUCAUCAUAUUUUUGCUGACGAACCGAACAAAUGUUGGAUUUAAGAUUUAUAAUAUUUUCAUUCAAUCCA